CUAUAGUAUUCGAUCAAGAAAACUAACCCCCAUCUUCUAAAGCAUCAAGCGACUUCCUUGUCUUGCUGUCCGAUCCUUCUCAACAACCUUCUUCCGUUCCGAUCCCUGCAUUAUUUUGUUUGUUAUAGUUUUUUCCUUGCACGCGGGACUGUCCAUUUCAUCCACGCUAGAAUAUCCGCUCAGCAUCUAUGUAGCCCAGCAAAUCUUCCGUCUCUACACUCCAUCUCCAUGCACUCUUUUUAUAUCGGAAUUGCCAAGAUCAUCGACAGCUGCUGUAUCGAUCCAUCACCAACACAGUGAUCGAUCCAAGAAGAAAACAACACAACCAAUGGCGGGCAAGAUCAAGACGGUGGUGGUGCUCGUGCAGGAGAACCGCUCCUUCGACCACAUGCUGGGGUGGAUGAAGAAGUCCAUCAACACCGACAUCGACGGCGUCACCGGCGACGAGACCAACCACGUCGACGCCUCCGACCCCUCCUCCCGCGCCGUCCGCUUCAGCGACCGCUCUCAGUACGUGGACCCCGACCCGGGCCACUCCAUCCAGGCCAUCUACGAGCAGGUCUACGGCGUCGCCUUCGCCGACGCCGCCGCCACCCCCAUCACCCCGCCCGGCGUGCCUGCGCCGCCCAUGAGCGGCUUCGUGCAGCAGGCGGAGAAGGAGAAGCCCGGCAUGGCGGACACCGUCAUGAGCGGCUUCCUCCCCGACGCCGUCCCCGUGUACCGCGAGCUGGUGCGCGAGUUCGCCGUGUGCGACCGGUGGUUCGCGUCCGUGCCGGCGUCGACGCAGCCCAACCGGCUGUUCGUGCACUCGGCUACCUCCCACGGCCUCGUCAGCAACGACACCAAGCAGCUCGUCUGGGGCCUGCCGCAGAGGACAAUCUUCGACAACCUCCAUGACCAGGGCUUCUCCUUCGGCAUCUACUACCAGUACCCGCCGUCGACGCUCUUCUACCGGAACCUGCGCCAGCUCAAGUACGCCGGCAACUUCCACCCGUUCGACCUCGACUUCCGGCGCCAUUGCCGGGAGGGCAAGCUGCCCAACUACGUCGUCGUCGAGCAGCGCUACUUCGACCUCAAGAUCCUCCCCGGCAACGACGACCACCCCUCCCACGACGUCGCCGAGGGCCAGCGCUUCGUCAAGGAGGUCUACGAGGCGCUGCGCUCCGGCCCCCAGUGGGGGGAGGCGCUCCUCGUCAUCACCUACGACGAGCACGGCGGCUUCUACGACCACGUCCCCACACCCGCAGCCGGCGUGCCCAGCCCCGACGGCAUCGCCAGCGCGCCGCCCUUCUGCUUCCAGUUCGACCGACUCGGCGUCCGCGUCCCGGCGCUCCUCGUCUCGCCGUGGAUCGAGCCGGGAACCGUGCUGCACGGGCCGCCGUCGGGGCCGUACCCGACCUCGGAGUUCGAGCACUCCUCCAUCCCGGCCACCGUCAAGAAGAUCUUCAACCUCGACGGCUUCCUCACCAGGCGCGACGCAUGGGCGGGAACCUUCGACUCCGUGCUCACCCGCGACACGCCGCGCACCGACUGUCCAGUCACCCUGCCUGAGCCGGUGAAGCUGCGGCGGGCGGCGGCGGUGGAGCAUGCGCCGCUGUCGGAGUUCCAGGAGGAGCUGGUCCAGCUCGCCGCGGUGCUCAACGGCGACCACACCAAGGACUCGUACCCGAACAAGCUCGCCGACAGCAUGACGGUGGCGGAGGCGGCCAGGUACUGCGUCGACGCCUUCAGGGCCUUCUUGGACGAGUGCGACCGCUGCAACAAGUGCGGCGAGGACGGGUCCCACAUCCCCACGGUGACGCCGUCGUCUUCGCCGGAGAAGAACAAGAGCAGCUUCGCGUCCAAGGUGCUGGCGUGCCUUGCGUGUGGCCAUUCCUCUUCCUAAGCGUCACUAUUACCUUGAUCAUCCUCACUACUUGUCGAUCUGAUCAGUGAACAAGAUUACUUGCUUGUUGAUAGGUUAGUGUCGCACAAGGGAAAGAGUAGCGUGCAGAGCCUGAUUUAUAGUGUUUUAUUGUUUGCCUGUGAAUUAUCCUUGCAGAGCCUGAUUGAUAGUGUAGAAUGGUGUCACAUAUGCAUUUGUAGUGUUGAUAUUGACCGAUCCUCCCAAUUGCAUAACAGAUUGACAGUAAAUACUACCUCCCUUUUUGUA